CCAAAGACUUCGAGUUUCUUAAGGGGCAAUUAGUUGCGGCUCGAAAUGAAAUAAAAAACUUAAGGCAGCAAAUAACAAGUUUACAGCACAUGUAUCGGAAAGAACAUCAAUCCGCACUGAAAAACUUGGAUGAAUUUUUAUACCAGGAUUGUAGACAAACGGAAUCAAGUGAUCUAGCUAACAAGCCAAGUACUGAUCGUCUAAACUCAAAUGAUACCAAUAACGAUUUGAAACUUAGACCAAUUGGAGUUUUAAGAAAUAUUUUCAAUGAAAAACGUGGAGUUCCCCGCCAGGCUAGUUUGUCAUCGAGCGUACGGAGCAGAAUAGAUUUGUCUUCAAAAAUAUUGAAUAAUCCUAAGCACGCUUUAGAGGGUUUGGAAAACUAUUCCCACUUUUGGAUCAUAUAUCACUUUCACCUGAACGAUGAUCACACUAAAACUAAAGUAGCUCCACCACGCCUUGACGGGAUUAGAGUUGGAGUGUUCAGUACAAGAUCACCUCAUCGGCCGUGCCCGAUUGGCCUUUCCUUGGUUCGCCUGGAUAAAAUAGAAGAUUCGAAGGUGUAUUUCUUUGGCACCGAUAUGGUUGAUGGUACUCCUGUGUUGGAUAUCAAGCCAUAUAUACCGCAAUAUGACACACCACUGAAAGCAAACGACAUAGGAUGCAAUAGUUCAAGAGAGGCACCUGACGGAGAAGAAACUACUAACACUACUCAGCAAAUCAGCACUUCCGGUCCAAUGUCGGGACCCUUGCCGAGUGUUUUUGUUCCGAAUUGGGUAUUGAAUAGUUCAGUUUUAGAUGUAGUAUUCUGUCUGACCGCUUCUGCACAAGUACAAGAUCUCGGGAUUACACAGGCUUCUAUUACGGAUAUUCUUAAAACAGAUCCACGAUCCGUGUACGUACGUACGAAAUAUGCCUCAGAUAUCUAUACAUUUCAACUGGGACGGUACACAGUAACUUGCAAAUUUAACGACCAGAACUCAACAGUUACUGUGCUGCAAGUGCGAGACUUGGUUAAUGUACAAGGAUUGUCCAAGGAUGGCAUAACCGUAAAUGAUCCUAAACAGUGAUAAAAUCUCUAUAUUAGCUCAUUCUUGUGAAUUUAAUCAAAGCACAUUGUUGGUUUUCAUUCAAAUACAAAUUUCUUUUAAUAU